AUGAAGUUAAGAGAGCAUUUGAUGAAAGAGCGGCCUGUUAUUGAUUGCCUUGAGCAUCUGGACGAUAUCAAGCAUACUCGUAUGGCCUAUGCAUAUCUUUUCGACGAAAUACGCAACGACACAUCGAGAGACGGGAUUCUUGAAUUAUGGCUCUGGACUUGCGGCAUCGCUGCAGGGGAAAUACAAGCCCUCUGCCAUCGCGCAGGUAUAUUGGAGUCGAAAGAGGAAGACCCAGCUGGUUCAUCCGACAGUGUGGCAUUGCUCCAGAAAGCGCGCAAGGAUGCUGAAGAGAUGAUCAGUUUCUUAUCUGAUCAGCCCAUGUGUGCGCAAGAAGCGUCGCUAACUUCAAAAACAUGGCAGCUUGAAGUUGGCAAGCUCAAAUCUCUGUUGAGCUUCAGGACACAUGUCGUUUGCAAAGCCCUUGGGGAUAUAGACGCCGCCAUUGGAUACCUCAAGGAAGCGAUCAAGCAUGACCCUAACUGUGCAGAGAACCCAGAGGACCGACCCCCAAAGUGGGUCUUUGGUGUUGGUAGCUGGACAAAUCCUCGGUCUGUCUACACUCGUGGAAUAACACUCAGUAGGGUAUACCUCGUAGAGAACCCAGUAGAGAUGCUGGACAACCUGAAAGCCGAGCGUGGAACAAGCAGCGAAGAGGACGCCUCCAGAGUGGUACGAUGGGAGGUCCGUAUGUAA